AUGGGAUUUGCUUGGCCUGCAAGGUGUUAUAGGCAGAUUAAGAACAAGCCAUACCAUUAUGUUACCUUUUGCAUAUUUCUAAUUUAGGGUAUAAUUGAAACAAUACAUGAUGUUGGAAUGAAGAAGAAAGGUGUUGAUGAGUUUCCCUUCUGCGUCCAUCUUGUGAGUUGGGAAAAAGAGAAUGUUUCAAGUGAGGCACUUGAGGCAGCUAGGAUUGCUUGCAACAAAUACAUGACCAAAUUUGCUGGGAAGGAUACGUUCCAUUUGAGGGUGAGGGUGCAUCCAUUCCAUGUUCUGCGCAUUAACAAGAUGCUUUCAUGUGCUGGGGCUGAUAGGCUCCAAACUGGAAUGAGGGGUGCAUUUGGCAAGCCACUAGGAACGUGUGCACGAGUUGCGAUUGGGCAGGUCCUCCUUUCUGUUCGCUGCAAGGAUAGCAACAGCCAUCAUGCACAGGAGGCCCUCCGCCGUGCAAAGUUCAAGUUUCCUGGUCGCCAAAAGAUUAUUGUUAGCAGGAAGUGGGGAUUCACCAAGUUCAGCCGUGCUGAUUAUGUGAAGUACAAGAAGGAGAACAGAAUCCAGCCCGAUGGUGUUAAUGCUAAGCUUUUGGGAUGCCAUGGUUCUUUGGCUAACCGGAAACCUGGAAAAGCAUUCCUGUCUGCACCUUUAUCGGCUUGAAAAAUGAUGCUGCUUUUGUCAUAGUAUUUAUGUAGAACUCGUGUGCACUCUCUAUUUUUUUCGUGUUCGUCUAUUUUCAGAACAAACUCAUACUGAGGUGACGGGUCGGUUAUUAUGAGUUGUGAAGGCGGGUUUAGAUUUAUA